AGGUAGAAGAAAGGACAUGCGCGUCUUCAUCGGCAACUUGUCGUCGCCGCUCGGGAUCGAGGUCGCGCGCUGCCUCCGGUCGUGCGAAGUCGUCGGCGCCGUCGAGAGCCUCAAGCAGGCGCAAGCGACCAAGAAGCGGCUCAUCGAGAACCGCGACCCGGAGCUCGGCGAAGGCCUCGAAGGCGCCGACGCGUUUGUCGAGAGUCCCGUCGUGGCCGCGAGCGACAAGCACAACGUCAGCGUCCUUCUUAAGCGCUGCCACGUGGCCGUGUACUCGAUUGUGGACGACCCCGAUGGCACGCUCGAGGCGCUCAAGGCCUUUGCCGACAGCAGUGACGACGGGCCCAAGCUCUUUGUCGCUGUCUCGAGUGUGCUCACGUGGGCCAAGACGCCGAUGCCACCCAAGCAAGACGACUGGAAGGGUCACAAGGAAAUCGACUUCAAGACGCGCAAGCCAGCGCGCAAGUACGCCGAGUACAAGGCCGUCGAGACUCAAGUGCUCAGCGCCAAGCGAGACGGACUCGCCACCAUGGUGGUGGCCGCGGGCAUGAUUUACGGCGGCGCCGCGUCGAGCCUCCACUACCUCCUUCGCGAGGCGUGGCUCAACCCGGACACGGACCUCGUGGUCCCAAGUGUCUCGGGACUCGGUGGCGCCAACAAGCUGCCCAUGAUCUGCCUCUACGACUUGGCCACGAUUGUAGCCGCCGUCGCGACGACCGCGUCGCCACCGCCUGCGCCGUACAUGCUCGCGCUCGACAAGGCCGCGCCCACCUUGCGCGAGGUCUGCGCCGCGAUCAGCUCGACGCUGGGGAACGGGAAUUUACGCGACUUGAGCCCGCCCGAAGCCGAAGAGUUGCUGCUCACGGAGCGCAGCAUGGUGCACCUGCAGCUCAACCAAGUAUUUGAGAUGGAAGGCAGCGCGCUUGAAGCCCUCGACAUCGAGUGGAAGUUCGAAUCCGGCAUCGUCGCCAACAUGGACGCCAUCGUGCUCGACUACAUCAAGGUCAUGGACCUCCGGCCGCUGCGCGUCGUGGUGCUCGGGCCACCGCGCGUCGGCAAGUCGACCCUCGCCGCGUCGCUGGCCAAGACGUACUACCUGCCGCACCUCUCGCCGGCCUCGAUCGCGCUCGAGCUUCUCAACACGGCCAAGCUCAAUGAGCCGCUCCUAACCCUCAAAGAGGAGGUGAAAAAGUACAAGCUCGAGCUCGUCAACUUGCCGUUGGCGCUCGCGACAGACCUCUUGCGCUGGCGCCUGAGCAUGCCCGUGUGCCGCAACCAAGGGUAUGUCCUGGACGGCGCGCCCAUCUCGGUGGAGCAGGCCAAGACACUGUUUCCACCGCCGAAGCCGCCUGCCGGGGACGACGACGAGGGCAAGGACGGCGAGGACGAGGCCAAGACCGGCGACGACGGCGAGAGCCCGGACGAUGGCGCGCCAACGACGAGCAAGCCCAAGAAGCCGAGCGUGUAUGUUCCCAACCAUGUCGUGGUCCUUGGGGCGCCCAAGCAGCUUUUGCAGCGCCGCGCCCAGUCGCUCGCGCAAGACGAAGCCGAGAAAACGGGCAACACCGAGGCCGAGUUUGCCAAGCGCUACGACGCGUUCCAGAAAGAAAAGGGACCCGACGGCGGCCUCCUCACGUUUUUCGAGCAGGAGAACGUGCUUGAGGUGCUCGAGCUCGAGCUCAAGACCGAGGACGCGUUUAGCAACAAAAAGAUGCUGCUCGAGCCCGUCGCCAAGUACCUCGAAGCCGGCGGAAAGCCGUUCAACUACCACCCGACAAAGGAAGAAGUGCAACAACAACAACGCGAUGUCGACGCCCAGCUCGCGGCCGAAGCCGAGGCCGAACAAAAGCGCGCGAGCGACCUCCUCGCGCAAGAAAUGUCGGACAAGCAGUCGCGCGCACUCUCCGAGAAAACGCGCCUCGAAACCAUCCAGAAGGAAGAAAUGGACGUGCUCGAAGCGCGCUCCAAGCCGCUGCGCGCGUACCUCAUGGAGACCGUGAUCCCGGCCCUCACAGAAGGUAUGCUCGAGGUGGUCAAGGUCCAGCCGGAAGACCCGAUCGACUACUUGGCCGACUUUCUCUUCAAGAAUGGCCAGUCUCUUGAAGCGUAGAGCAUGACGAGGAUGCAUGUACAAUUCCGUGUUCUUGAUUCA